AUGCAUAAGUCUGGAAGAUUUAUGAAAGAAUCUGAACCCACUGAUGAAGACAUUAUUGUUCAAGACAUUUAUGGCGUAGCAAGCAAAUUUGUUUGUACAGGCGAAGGCUUGGAUGCCAGUGAAUGCUUUAAGUUGAAAAUAGCUUUCAAAAAAAUCGACGCAGAUUACCCCAUUGAGAGCAUUAGAUUUUGGGGCAAGAUUUUUGGCACCCACAACGACUAUUAUAUCAUUGAAUGCAUCCCCGGCGACAGCAGUAUCUUUGAAGACAAUGCUGGAAACGAGACUAUACAAGAAGACAAUGAUUUAAACAGCCGUGAGCCAGUGCAAGCCAUUUUUAAUAUUUGUAGCCACUUGACUGGUGACCUGACAGCCACCGUGGAUUGUUUUCCUCCAUUUCCGGGGACCGAGGCGCACUAUCUACGUGCACAAGUAGCGCGAAUUAGCGCUGCCACGCAGUUAGCCCCUCAGAAUUUCUUUCAGCUUCGUCAAGAUGAUAAUGAUGAUGGUGGUGAAGAAGAGGAAGAGGACGAAGAAAUGGUGCAGGUAGAGUGCGAGGAGAACGAAGAGUAUGUGGCACAGCCGUUGGAUGAGAUGGAACUGGAGCAGUGGGUUCACUGCCGACCCUACAUUUUGCCGCAGGGUCGGGUAACUUGGUGGAAUCCCCUUGAAGUCGAGGACGAAACCGGAUCUGAAAGUGGCAGUACCGGUGACGACAACAAAAUUCCUCCUCUGCGGGGAUUUGGCGUGGAGCAUCAGCCCGAGAGAGGUCCACCAAUCCUCACUCCAAUCACUGAAGAUCUCGAGGUACAUGGACAGGUUCCUUGGACAAUUCGACGCUUUCCAGGCGGUCUAUAUCUACGCAUUUCGUCACUCCUAUGGCCCGGAGCACAUACGAUAGCCUGGGAGGGGGCCUUUGAGAACGUUUAUGUGGGAUGGGGUCUAAAAGCAACGGGUCCCGGCGGAUUCCAGACAACUCUGCCUGCGAUUCAGCACGAGACAAUUGAGGAGCCAGUGGAGCAGACGGACCCUACUCCGGAAGAGGAAGCGGCAAAGGAAGAGGGAAAAAGUACAGAGAACGGAGAGAACAGUGAGGAUGGUGAUGAUGAUUAUGGAGAGGACGAGGAAGAGGAAGAAGAAGAAGAAGAAGAAGACAUGUGA